AUGGUAACAUUGGGAAAGAGAGGUGAUGAUCAUGCUAAAUCUCAAGCGAUGGCGUUUCUACGGGAACGUGACUUGACUAUCCCCAAACUCUUCAAUGAGAUGGCAGAUCGCUAUCGGAUUCGUCAAGGAGGUUACACACGCAUCCACAAAUUAGGAUCCCGUGAGGGAGAUAACGCGCCAAUGGCGGUUUUGGAGUACGUGGAUACGCCAGGAGACUUGAGUUAUUCCAUGUUGAUAAAAAAAUUGGCGCGAUUGGAAAUCGAUCCGUCUCUUAAAAUAUCUCCUACGAUAAUCGAGGAAGGGCAAGCUUCACACAUGGAUAAACGAGAAUAUAAAAAGACGUUGCGUUGUCUCCAAGGACAAAAAAAAUUUGAAAGAAAGGUGGAGAAAAUGAAGGAUUCGAAGAGUAUGUCCAAGGAUGAUUUGGAUAAAAAGGUUGCAUCUGAAAUUCAUAGGUUAAAUAAUUUGGGUAAAAGGGAGAAUGAAUUGCGAAUUCAAAGCAAGACUAGAAGAAAAGGAGGUCAUCUUUCGUACGAAUCAUAUUGA